GAAAGAGAGAGCGACUGCCACAUGGAGGAAAUAUCUCCUCCAGAUUCUCCACAGCCUGAGGAGCUUGAGAGCGUUUUCCUGGAUAAUAAAAGUCUAUCUAGAGAGAGUCUUGGAGACAAGCCGAGAGCCUGGAAGUCAGCGCCUCCAUCCCCAUCCUGUGACAGGAGAGGUCUUUCAUCCUCGUUGCUCUCUCUCCACACUGAAGAAUUUCUCGAUCUUCUCUCGACUGCGCAGACCAGGCGUCUAGAUGAACAGAGAGCCACACUCCCUGAACGGGUUGUGCCACCAAAACGACACUUUUCAGUGCCCAGCUACCGCCAGUUUUCCCUACCCUCUGAUGACAAAGGAAUCGUCACAGAACUGCAGAGACGGAGAGGAGGAUCAUGGGCAGGGCGGAGUCGAAGGAGGAAACCUCCCUCAAUAAAAAUACCCGCCCAGGAGGAUCUAUACACCACUAUCCUAGGGCACCAAUCUCAGCGAAUGAACGACCAGCGCAGCUCUCCCCCGAUUCCUCAGGCUGCAGCCGAUCUGUUUGAGAUCUUAUUCCGCGUUCAGGGAAAUCGUCUGGAUGAACAAAGAGUGGAUUUGCCGGCCGCUCUAAAGGGAGCCUGUGCUUAAGA